UUCCAAAUUAAAAGCGCAACUCGGUGCGCGUCAAUCACAUGUUUGACGCUCACCCCAAUGAGCAAAUAUUUCAAGUGAUUAUUCGGAUGUUUUUUUUGGGGGGGUGGGGUGGAAUAAUACACUUGACUCGGCUUUGGUAAAGCCGUGUGGUUACUUCCGACUGACGCGGUCCUUUCAAAGUGCACAACAGCAGUCAUCGGCAGACUCUUAUUUUGAAAGGCUCGCGCGCGCCUUGGAAGCGCGCUCCCGUGUGACCCCGAAGCUCGUGCGGAGUCGCUGGAGUCUCUUUGGGCGACAUGAAGACAAACAAGUGACAAGCGCCGCCACAGCUGCAGCAGCACGCCAAGCAUCACAGGCUCUUCACUGGCUGGAGGAGGAGUGGGCGGGGCUUCUCAUGAGUGGUAGACAAGAUUCUGCUUGACCUGCGGAAGCAACAUGAGGCUGAGGUGCUUCCUGAUGCUCCUGACCAGCACCGCUGUUCUUGGGGGCGACGACGCGGUCCUGUGCGGUGGGCGAGACUGUUCCUCCUGUCAAUGCUUUCCAGCGAAGGGGGCGAGGGGGUUCCCAGGGUCUCUUGGGCGUCAGGGUCCUGUGGGGCCCCCCGGCUUCCCAGGCCCACGGGGUCCUCCAGGAGAGAAAGGCAAGCGAGGGGCUGAAGGCCCAGCAGGAUCUCCGGGACCAAAGGGAGACAUGGGAGCUGUUGGUGUUCCCGGAUUUCCUGGUUUAGAGGGAGUCCCGGGUCACACAGGCCCAGGCGGUGGUCCUGGUUUUCCAGGUGUGGACGGCUGUAACGGGACCAGAGGAAAGCAGGGAGAUCCAGGACUACCUGGAGAACAAGGGCCCAGCGGUGAUGUGGGUCUUCAAGGACCAAAGGGAUUUCCAGGAGAGCCAGCAUUCCUUUUUCUCCAGUACCCUGGAGUCCCCGGUGACGCCGGCUUCAGGGGACUUCCUGGUCUGCCGGGUGGACAGGGUCCAGGAGGUUCGACAGGAUUAAUGGGUCCCGUCGGUCCCGACGGAGUAAAUGGUCUCCCUGGUUUGGCAGGUUUCAGAGGUCUACCUGGUGAACGAGGUCGAUCGGUGCCGGGACCGAAAGGAGACGAGGGGGAACAAGGCGUCCAGGGGCCCCCGGGGCCAUUUGAGAUUGUCGAUCCCCCGGAGGAAUUUUUCGUCAAAGGAGAGCAGGGUCCAGCUGGGCCAAAAGGGGUGUGUGGAGAUCAAGGCCUGCCAGGUCUGGAUGCUCUUCCUGGCAUCAAGGGAGAGAAGGGGAUUGUGGGACCUCCUGGACCCAGGGGACUCCUAGGACGCCGUGGUCGACCCAGUUCCAAAGGAGCAAAGGGCACUGUAGGAAGUUCUGGUCUUCCAGGUCUGAUCGGACAAGAAGGUCCAAAGGGCAUGAUGGGAGAUCUUGGUCUAAAAGGCCUGCCUCAGGAAAUCGUCAUCACACAUUCGGGUGACGCUGGAGAUCCAGGAAGUCCGGGAUUGAUGGGACCUCCAGGAGAUCGUGGACUCAUGGGAAUGCACGGGCCCCAAGGAGCCCCUGGUAGAGCUAUACCAGGACCAGCAGGAGUGGUGGGAGCGAGUGGGACUUCGGGAAGCAGAGGUGAGAAAGGUGAUCCGGGUCAAGUUUUUACAGAUCAAGCAUUCUCUGGAGAAGCAGGAAGACCUGGAAGUCCGGGACCCAGAGGAGCAAAAGGACAACCGGGAAGGCCAGGCUAUUACUGCCUUCCUGGACUACCAGGAGAAUCUGGAGAACCUGGUGAACAAGGGCCCUCAGGGGCCCCAGGUUACUACGGAUUCAAAGGUCGCCAAGGUGAAUGCUCCUGCGGUCCUCUGAUUGUGAUGAGGGGAGCCCCAGGCCCAGCGGGGGAGCCCGGGUUGUUUGGCUAUCAAGGGUCCCCUGGAGCUCAGGGCCCAAGAGGGGAGAAAGGCUUAGCGGGAGACACUGGAGCUAAAGGACAAGCGGGCCUGGAUGGGUUACCUGGUGUCAAAGGGUUCAAAGGUCAAAAAGGAGACUUCGUUGUGGUAGACAUUAAAGGUGAGAAGGGCAAAAGCGCUGAGCCAGGUUUUGCGGGUAGACAGGGUUUCCCUGGGAGAAGAGGACAGAAUGGACUCCCAGGACUCCCCGGAAGUCCUGGACCUCAGGGAGAAAAUUACCCCGGGUCUUCAGGGAACCAAGGCCUUCCAGGUCUCCCUGGUCCCAAAGGACUAACGGGACUUACUGGCCCCCAGGGAUUAGGUGUGGUUGGAGCAAUAGGAAGGCGGGGAGACCCAGGGGCCCCGGGACCUGUGGGUUUCCCUGGCCUCCCUGGCUUGAAAGGUGUUCAAGGCGAAACGCUUACUUGUGUACCCAGAAACCCUGGCGCUCCAGGACAGAAAGGGGAGGCUGGAGAUAGAGGCCUCAGAGGACUUCCCGGUCCUCCUGGUUUCAGUGGAUUCACAGGACCUGAUGGACCUAACGGAGAAAAAGGACAGUCUGGACUUCCUGGACCACGUGGAGUAGCAGGACCGCCAGGUUUUAUUGGAGAUACUGGAGAUGAAGGACUUGAAGGAUUCAGUUUUGCUGGAGGACCAGGCUCUCCAGGUGCACCAGGCACUACUGGACUUAGAGGACCAGCUGGAGAGUCUUAUGUGGGGACCUCAGGACCCAUUGGCUUUCCAGGACUAGCAGGCUCUCAGGGACCUAAAGGAGUCCCAGGCCAAGCUGGCAAGCAGGGUUUCCAAGGAGUUCCAGGUCUGCCCGGGAGUCCAGGGGCACAGGGUCAGAGAGGACAGGAUGGCGCUAUGGGAACUAUUGGUCCCCCGGGCCCGAUCUAUGAUUUUUGCGAAAGAGGAAAACCUGGUCCCACAGGCUCCCGCGGUCCUCAGGGAGCAAUUGGCCCCCCGGGAUGUUUUGGGCAGAAAGGUGAAGCGGGAGAAACAAGAUCUCCACGUUAUGGCCCCCGUGGCCCUGCAGGUAAACCAGGGUCUUCUGGUUUUCUUGGUUAUCCCGGACUUCCGGGCCCACCUGGUCCCAGUGGAGACUCUGGAUUUUCAGGGUGGGACGGCUCGAAAGGUCUGAGGGGACCCCUUGGUAAGAAUGGUGUCCAAGGGGUACAAGGAUCAAUUGGGUUCCCAGGAUAUCCAGGGAGGACAGGAGAGAGAGGAUCUAAUGGGCAAGACGGCAGGCCAGGAUUUCAAGGUCCCAAAGGAGAUAGAGGGUGUAAAGGGAACCCAGGACCUCCUGGGGAGACACUGGGUGUCCCCAUCCAAGGUGCGAGAGGAAAACCGGCCCUCCCUGGUGUCAACGGGUUCCCCGGUGUACGAGGGAACAAGGGUGCACAAGGUCUUGUGGGCAAGCCUGGGUAUCCAGGCACCGAUAUGGCCCCGGGCAUCAGCGGACCCCCGGGUCCGCCUGGGUCUUCGUACAAACCAGGUUUUUCUGGAGGACUUGGGCCUCCUGGACCUUCAGGUUUCCUCGGCUUCCCUGGAGAAACAGGAGACCCAGGUGACCAAGGUUCCCCUGGGAGCUCUGGUGAACGCGGUCGUCAAGGACGUCCUGGGUCCAAAGGUGAUCAAGGAGAGUCUCGCAGUAGACCUGGUUUACCUGGGGACAAGGGGCUUCCCGGAUACUCUGGACCUCCAGGUCCUCCUGGACCUCAAGGAGAUCCUGGAGCACUGGGUUUCACUGGAGAGCCAGGCCAGAGAGGCUCCAAAGGAGAUCCGGGACAGCCCGGGGAGCAGGGAUCAUCAGGUGUGAUUGGGCCCCCAGGGCCCACAGGUCGCCCAGGGGUUCCUGGGCUUCCUGGUAAUACGGGUGCUGACGGUCCCCCUGGAGCGCAGGGUCUCUCAGGACUACAAGGUCCUCCUGGACCACUGGGACUUCAUGGCCUGGAUGGACUGAAGGGAGUGAAAGGAGACACUGGCAGCAGAGGUCUCAGUGUUAUAGGUUCUCAAGGCUCUCAAGGCCUCCCAGGAGAAAAAGGCCCACCUGGUCCUCGAGGUCCUCCAGGUUCAUCACAGCCAGGACCUCCAGGACCCAGAGGCCCUCCAGGAUCCAGGGGGCCACAAGGACGAGUUGGUCCUUCAGGUGAAUCUGGACCUGACUGUAAAAGUCCUCCCUUAGGGAUUUUGGGAGAUCCUGGUGACCCUGGACUAGACGGAGAGCCAGGUUACCCCGGUGACAUGGGGGAGUCUGGUCCUAACCCUCCAGUAGCUGGCGAUGAUGGGGACAAUGGGGACAAUGGAUGCCUAGGCCCAAAGGGAGACAAAGGACUUCCAGGCCCCACAGGACAACCAGGCAUAGGUGGAUUUCCAGGGUUCAAAGGUGAGCAAGGGUCUCCUGGCCUGAUGGGGAUACCUGGAAACACAGGCCCUAUAGGUUUUCCAGGACCAACUGGACCACUUGGGUCUCAAGGAAGUACAGGUCUGGCAGGUCCAAAGGGGGAGAUGGGCAGAGUUUUUCCUUGCCCCACUUACCCUUCACCCCCACCGGGCCCUCCAGGACCCCCUGGGCUACCUGGUGUACCAGGAAGUGCUGGUUUUCAGGGAGAGAAUGGUUUCCAGGGACUCAAAGGUAAGAAGGGGGAUGCCGGGUGUCUGGGACCACAAGGCCCUCGGGGGCCAUCGGGUCCUGACGGGGAGCCGGGUCGACGAGGCCUGGAGGGGGAGAACGGUGUGGUGGGAGCCAAGGGUGAUCCUGGUUUGAUUGGGGACCGUGGACCUCCUGGACCGUCCAGACCCUUGAACGCGGGCUUCCUGAUGGUCAUGCACAGCCAGUCCAAAGCGCUUCCAUCGUGUCCACAGGGGAUGCGAAUUCUGUGGGUGGGAUACAGUCUGUUGUACCUGGAAGGCCAGGAGAAGGCGCACACUCAGGACCUUGGCCAGGCGGGCUCGUGCAUGCGCGUCUUCUCCACCAUGCCGUUCGCUUCGUGCAACAUGGGCACGUGCUCCUACGCCGGCCGCAACGACAAAUCUUAUUGGCUGUCCACCACGGCCGCCGUGCCCGCCCUGCCGGUGGGCGGAGCCUCCGUGGAAGAGCACAUCAGCCGCUGCGCGGUGUGCGAGGCGCCCUCGGCCCCCGUGGCUCUGCACAGCCAGUCGUGCGUCCAGCCCCGGUGCCCGCCCAACUGGACCAGCCUGUGGACCGGCUACUCCUUCCUCAUGCAUACGGGCGCGGGCGACGAGGGCGGCGGUCAAUCUCUGACGUCGUCGGGAAGUUGCCUGCUGAACUUCCGGGCGCAGCCUUUUGUGGAGUGCCAAGGCCCUCGCGGGACGUGCCACUACUUUGCCAACAUCUACAGCUUCUGGCUGACCACGCCGGCGUCGGGCGCCGUCACCACGGAAGCCGACGCGCAGCACGGGAGCAACGUCGGACGCUGCACCGUCUGCAUCAAAGUCGGCCGGCCGUGAGGCGACGGGAACAUUUCCGGCACGCGCCACAUGCAGAACUUUCACGCGUUUGAAAGAAGAACAAACACCUUAAAUUGUCCUAAAUUAAAAUAAACAUAUCUUUUGGA